AUGAACAGUGCGUAUGAACAGUACCACGGUGAACAGUGCCGCACACAAAAUCAGUUGUCGUGUCAAAUAUGGAAAAUCGAUAUUACUGAGGUCAUAAGCUUCCAGAAGCUAACAAAUAUAUAUGUUUCAUGUUGCGACAAUUUGAAGAGUUUGUUCUCCCAUUCUAUGACCAGAGGCCUUGUUCAACUUCAAAACCUAGUAGUUUCCCAAUGUAAAACUAUGGAGGCGAUAAUAAACAAGGAAGAUGAAUAUAUAGAAGGAGGCAACAAAGUCAAGACUUUAUUUCCCAAAUUGCAGGGGUUUACAUUUGAAUUUCUUCCUAACUUGGAAUGUGUUUGUUCAGGAAAUUAUGACUAUGAUCUCCCAUUGGGCACCAUUGGAGAGGACAAUGAAAUCGAUAAUAAUAAGAUUCAGAUUUCAUUUCCAGAACUAAAGAAGUUGAUGUUUUUUGAUGUGCCAAAGCUCAAGUGUUUUUGUUCUAGAGCAUAUGACUACGACAUCAUGGUCUCGUCAACUGAAGAAUGUCUAAAUAUGGGAACCUUUCCCCAUGGAAAUGUUAUUGUAAACACACCCAACCUUCACAAAGUAGGCUGGAAUGGGGAUGAUGUACACACAUUUGGAGAUCUUAAUUUGACAAUAUAUUAUCUUCAAAAUUCAGAGAAAUUCAUGGUACACACACGAGGUCUCCCAACUCGAUCAUUAUUAUAUGAAACUACUCAAUUUAUUUUACAUCACAUGCUUGUAUGUUGUGUGCAGAUGGUGUUGGGAAAAUUAGAGACAUUUAGAGAUAUCAAUGAAGAGCUUGUUAACUACAUCAAAAGAGUAAAACGGCUAGUCAUUAAAAACAAUCACAAGCUAUUGAAUUUCAUCCCAUCAGACAUGAUGCACAUAUUCUCGCAUCUGGAGGAUCUCUUUAUGGAAAAUUGUGAGUGCUUAGAAGAGAUAUUUGAAUCAAAUCAUGGCAGUAUGCUGCACCAAUCACAGCAUAUAUGCUUAUCUUCCCUUCCAAAAUUGAAGCACAUUUGGAAAUAUCAUGGUCACAGUUCAGCCUUUCAGAAAUUGGCUUUCAUAACCAUCAAGCAGUGCCAUGAUUUGAAAAAUGUGUUUCCGAAUGUUUCCAUAGCCACAAGCCUUCCAGAUUUGUCGGCGAUUGAAGUGUAUGAAUGCGAGAAGAUGGAGGAGAUAAUUGUGAAUAAUUUUAAUCCUAUUAAUUGUGAACAAGCACAACCACAGAAGGCUAAGAUCAUAUUCCCAUCAUUGUGGACAAUUGAUCUACAGAAGCUUCCCAACCUCAAAUGUUUUUGUCGAAGCACUUUCUCUUCCUAUGUUGAGCUGCCACGGUUGGAAUAUAUGAAGAUUGAAGAAUGCCUAGAGAUGAAGACCUUUUGGUACGAUGGAAUAUUAUACACACCAAGUAAUCCUACAAUUUCAAUGGACAAUACCAGAUUUAACAAUGUUGCAGAUGUGAAUGAGAUCAUACAACAAUACAAUAAAUUGCAAUGAAGGCAAGUGUUGGUGGUAAGUUUGAAUUUCAGCGUUUCUAUCUCUUCACUAACUGCAUAUUCUUUGUUCAGUCUUUUCUUUUCACAAUUUUGCAUUCCAUGAUUUCCUAAUUAUAAGGAACUAAGAAGGUGAAAUUGGUUAUUUCCAUGUAUUCUUGGAAACCCUGCACACUCGCACAUUAAAAAAAAUUAUGCAGGUAACUUCUUUUAGUUUCAACGGAUGGAAAAAUUUAUCAAUCUUCAAAAAAGGUUUGCUAGAUGAACCCUUCACUAAUAAUUGAUAUUUUCAAACCAGUGCCAAAGGUAAUUAUCACUACGUAGAAUAUAUGUUUAAUGAGUUAAAACACAUUACCGAUUUUACAGUAGCAUUAUGAUGAUUUUUACAAUUUUGAGGUCCAAACUCAACACUGUCUUUUGAGGUGACACUAUCUAUUUAGUAGAAAUUAACUAGAGUAAAAUUAGCCUUCUCUGGUAGGUUUUCAAUUCAUGUAGUCUCCCCAGACUGUUGUGGCAAGUGCGAGGUGAGUUAAGUCCUACAUUGCUUAGAAAAGUGGAGGUUGAACACUUUAUAAGUGAGAGGACCCAUAAACCUAACACCUUAAGGUUUUAGGUUAAAGUGUAGUGUCCAACUCACUUGUAUAAUUGUUCUUCAACCCAAUGUGGAAGGAAGUAGUUUUUUAUUGUUAGAUAUAACUGUCGGAAAAAACAAUAUAGAAAAAUUAAGGAACACCAUCACAAAUCACAACAUAAGAAUAUAACAUUGAAAAUUCCCAAAUCGAAGAAAACCCAUGAUCGUUGUCUAAUGACAAUUGACAACAAGAGAAUAACAUUAUGUGAAAUUUUUUGCCUAUCCCAAGAAAAUGUUCUUUCUCUUUUGAUACUUUUGGAUUGUGAUGAAAAGAAAUAAUAACUCAAAUAUAUAAACAGACUCCAAUUUCAAUUAUUUCUCAGGUUGUUCUUAGAUAAGGGAUGGUGUCAUUUUUAUUUGCAAGGGAACAUGGUCUGCAUCCUGAUAUUUUAAGCAUGUGAUUGUUAAUUCAAAUCCAGAUGCUAUGUUUAAGAUGGUUACAAAAAUGAAAGUAAAAAAUCUCUUUAUUUAGCUGGAGUAACUAUUGUGCAAUAUUCAAG